CGGGUUGAGUGUUGCUAAAUGAAACUUGCUAUUAAGGCAAAAUAUAGGAGUGAUAAUGUCGGAAAAAAUUAAUAGAGACUUCGAAGAAAGCGAGGAACCGUCAGUUUUAUCUUCGGAUCCAGAUGAAAGAAAAUUGGCUCGACGCCUGCGAAUCCAGAAGCGCAUCGAGGCGUUGAAAAGAUUAGAUGGCGACGAAGAAGAAGACGCCGUCGAGCAAAGUCUCACGGAGAAGCAAAUCAUUGAGAGCGCAGAGCUUUUGGAAAAGCUGCUUACCGAGGGCAACGAAGUGAUUACAAACGUGCGCAUUGCCAACGAUGCGCGAGAGCUGGAGCGUCGAAAGUCGGCGAGCGAGAUCCGCAUGACUCUACUGAAGCACCUGGAUGAGAGUGCGCGAGAAUGCCAACAGCGUUACGAGAUCAUCAAUGAGCGUUGGGCUACGAUUCUACAGUCAAACGAUCCCCUGGAUAUCAAGACACAAAUGGACAUGCAGAAGGACAAAUGCGACGAGGUGCUGGCCAAGAAGGAUGCGGUUAUCGAGGAGCUGAAAAUGCAGUUGAGAAGGGCCGAUGACGAGUACAUGGACGAUCAGAGUCGGCAGAAGACCGACAUUAGCCUGCUGAUCGAGAGAAUCGAGAACCAGAUGGGUAGCAUGGAAAACUUGUACGACCGAGAGCUCGAGCUCGUGGUCAAGAGCCUCGAAAGCGAGCGAGAGACUCUGGUCAGCGGCUUCCGUGACAGGUGGGAAGCACUUUACCGGCAACAAGAAGACGAGGACCUCGCCGGCGAUAGCAAGCGGGAUGAGAUUAUCGCGGAGUACGAGCAGCGAAUGGACAAAGCGAUGAGCGAGCACGACGAGGAGUACCGGGCACGAAAGAUUCAACUGGAGAGCGAGUGCCAGGCGUUGCAGCAACACGUGCAGAGGACCAAGGCCAUGUGCUUGCUCAACGCCGAGAAACUGGCUUACAAUUACACCGUACUGAAGAAUCGCGAAGACGAGAACUCCAUAGUAAAAAACCAACAGAAGAGGAAGAUCAACAGGCUUCAGGCUAUCAUUAGCGCUUUGCAAAAGAAUUAUUGCCAGUUGGAAGAGAGCACCAAAUCGGAAAUUGACAAGUUAUCCAGUCAAAUUACUAAAACUCAUACUAAUAUAACGGAGCUCGAAGAAAAGUCCAUGCACUUUACGCGCGUCAAUGAGAAACAAUACUUGGAUAUUUGGCAAAUGAACGAUGACAACGUCGCUCAGCUCAUCAACAAAAUUUUCACGAUUGAUCAAAUGAUUCACGAACGAAUUUUGGGCAUUUUAUGGGAGCCUCCAAAACAUACUUGGCCGAGAAAAGAAGAUUUAACUUCAUACCGAAUCGCCAUGGAGCAUUUAGCUAAAAACCAAAAGCAACAAGGCGCAGAAAAAUCACAAGACAACGCGAUCAAAAAAUUGAAAAAGUCUCUUUCGGAGGUGAGGCUCGAAAAGCAAAUACUCAACAAUAUUUUAAAGCAAAUAUCGAAUUCUUCAGACUAUUUUGUUGAAAGUAAAUUACAAGAAUUGAUAUCACAUCGUAGUGAAGAAGAAAAAACGAUUAUCAAAUUGGAUAAUGUAUUUCAGGCUUUAUCGAUUUCAAGUCCGGAAGAAAUUGAUAUAUUAUUAGACUUUUUCUUACCUUAUUCACACUGCCCUAAAUGUUCGGCGCACGACGACGCCAAUUUGAAAUGUCCUGAAGAAUCUUUAACAGAUACCACCGAAACGUCGUGCUGCUCAAACCAUUGUGAAGGAUGUAAUGUCAAUGUUAAAACAUUAAUCGCAUCUGUUGAAAAUGAGCUGAACAUCGCUAAAGCAAUUCAAAUAGAGGCUAACGAUGAAGAUGACGUACUCGAACACAGUUUUGACAAAACUGAAGAAUGCAGCAAUAUUACCGUAAAUGAAAGUAGUAAAUGUGCUAGAUUCAAGUGUUCUAAAGGUCACGUGCUCGAGAUACAAGCAGCAUGCGUAACAAAAGCUUUAAAAGAAAUGAUAACUAAAUGUAAUAGUGACAAAGGAAAUAAAAUUUUAUCAUUUGAAGAAAGAUUAAAGGAGACCAAAUGUACAAUUUCAAGAAACUUGUCACUGACAGACGUUAAAGAUUAUUGGUCAAAUUACCGAGACAUUUUUACCGUACAAAAAGAACAACUGUGGAAUGCUGUUUUAAUAGGGCUAAAUAAAUACCAUGAAGCGUUGAAAAACAGACAUAAUCUUUGGAAUGAGAAAAAUGCUUUAAAAAAACAAAAUUUGGAGCUACAAAGGCUUUUGGAAACUCAUACGAGUGUAGAAGACAAUACAAAUUCAUUCAACAAAACGUUUGGCACAUAAAUAAUCGAUACUCGGACAAUUCCACAAUCAUUCACACACAAUCACAUGAAAUAUUUUUUUGUUCAAC